UCAAUAACGCGCUAUCAAACACUACAAACCUGGUUGUUUUUCAACAACGAUGCUUUUUGACACAGUCCAACCCUGCUUUUUCUUCUGCAGGUGUCUGUGUCCGUGUCCGGUACUCCUCUUUUCUUCCUUUUCCUCACUUUCCCCACACCCAUAACCUCUCACUGACAUGGCCGAUUCCAAAGUUGAAACCAUUUCCCGAUUAGCCCAAUGGAGAAUCGACAACUUUGGACCCUGCUCCUACAAAAAAUCCGACCCUUUCAAGCUCGGAAUUUGGAACUGGUACAUUUCCAUAGAACGGAACAGGUACCUCUACAUACACAUCUUUCCUGAGCCUUCUCGGCUUUCCAAGGAACAGCCGCCUGUAGCUCGCUUCAUCCUACGAGUCUCCAACAACUCUGGCCCUACCCGCAAGUUUUACAUCUCCCCUGUUCAUGAAAGGGUGCUUAGGACAAGUGACGACUUUGUCUGGCCUGUUGAUACUGCAUUCCUUGGUCGCUUUGUUAUUGAUGUUGAAUUUCUUGACCUGAAGGCCUUCCCUGGGAAUGGUGGAGUAACCAGAUCUAUAUGGCCAUCUGAUGGAAAACUGCAAACUGUUGCAGAUCAGAGCGCUCUCCGAUGCCUGUCUCGCAUGCUUGACGAGGCUAUACAUGCUGACCUCACCAUCAUUACUGCAGACGGUACUCUGAAAGCUCACAAGGCAGUUUUAUCUGCUAGUUCUACAUUGUUCCAUAGUUUGUAUCUUCAAAAUGCUGAUGAAGAAGAUACAUAUACGAUCCACAUGGAAGAUAUGUCUCAAGAAUCCUGCAAGUCCCUCCUAAGUUACCUGUACGGUACUAUAAACCAAGAAGAUUUCUGGAACCACAGGCUUCCUUUGCUUGGAGCAGCCAAUAAAUAUGAGAUUAAUGAUCUCAAAGCCGCCUGUGAGGAAAGCCUACUAGAAGAUCUUAACUCGGAAAAUGUUCUGGAGAGGCUAAAUGACGCUUGGCUUUACCAGUUACAGAACUUAAAGAAAGGGUGCUUCACUUUCUUAUUUGAUUUUGGUAAGAUAUAUGAUGUCAGAGAUGAAAUAAAUACGUUUUUCCAACAUGCUGACAGGGAGCUAAUGCAGGAGAUGUUUCAGGAAGUGCUUACAAUUUUGAAAUAGGUUGCCAUGAAACACUUAUCAUCCUUAUAUCUUUCAAAUGAUGGAUCCUUCUGUAUAAUGAUGUUUAGUUUAACUUUGUAUUGUGCUAUAUUAUAAUAUGAUGUGGAUAUUACCAAUGUCAAAGGAGGAAGUACAUUACUUUGUAUAUAAUUGCAACUUCAGUUU